CUUGGGAGUCCUGCCUGUCCCAUCCCUGGGGGUCCAGAAGCCUGCCUUGGGGGCGGUAGGCGGGACUUCGGAGUCUGGAAGUUUGCCUGGCAGGACGGAGUUGCUCAGUGCUUGAGGGGUAGGGUCUCCGAGCGCGCCGUGGGCGUGGGAUGCUGACUUUGGGCUUCCCCGGGCUGGCUGGGGGCCUGACUGGCCUGGGCAGAUUCUGAAAGCUGAGCUGGUCGCCCGCGGGUGGCCCUGGGGGGUCCCAGGAGUGCUUGGGAAUCAGAGCCUCCGGAGUGAAUGUGGUGUGGGCAGGGUUGCACAGUCCCCGGGUCCGGCCAAGGGUGACGGGCGGCCUGGCUCCAGAGGGUUCCCAUCCUGUUCAGACGGGGAUCCAUUCCGUAACCGGGAAAAACCCAAGCAGCUUGGGGCAGGCGGUCACCAGGGGGUUCUCGUUCCUCCGGAACGUGGAAAUGUUCCUUUUGAGUGUGUGUGGAGUCUGUAGCAUCUGAAGUUUGGGGAGACGAUGGCAGGGGUCCUGGUUCCCAUCCCGGCAGGGCGGGAGAGGACGACGGGGGGACGUAGCCUGGAAGAGCCCGUGGGUGGUGAUGUGGGAGUGGGUGUGCUGCGUCGAGGUGGCCGGAGAUGGCCCAGCCAAGGGACCACGGGGAGCAGAGUGAAAUGCAGAUGGGGCCCUGGUGUGCGACACGACGGGCAGACGCAGACUGUGGACUCCGGGUCGCUCCGGAAGCCCCAGGCCGGCCCUGGUUCCUGGACGCCAUCUCCCGGGGUGUGGAUUCAAAGUUGCCCUAAUGAGUGCACAAGUGUGUGGCUCGUGGGCUGCGUGUGUGGCUCUUUGUUCCUCCCCCGCCCCCUCGUCCCGCUCCUCCGUCCCACGGCUGGAGACCGCCAGGCACAGGGGGUGUGGAUGAGGGAGUCCACGGGAAUACCCGGGGUCUUCUGUCCCUGGAGCGUGUCUUUGGAGGGCUUGGGUCUGAGAUGCUGGGGGGGCGCCCCUGUGCAGGGAGAGGCGGGCAGGACCUCACGCGGCCGCCCGGCGUGGUCCUUCUGCGCCACCUGGCGUUGGAUGUGGGCAGGUCCACUCCUGCAGGCCCCGUGCUCUGGAGGAGAGGAGCUGCCCAGCUCACAUUUGCAGGGCUGCGUGGGGCUCUCCGCGGCACACGGCCCUCCCUGCUCUCCUCUGCUUGCCGUCCCAGCUGGAUCCCCGGCACCCGGAUCCCUGCACCCGGAUCCCCGCACUGCACCGCACGCCCCCCCCCCGCGGAGCCUGCCUUCCCAGCGCUUUCUAGGGGUGGGUGGGGGAGGGACGCGGCGAGGAUUAACGGCGGAUAAUGAGCGGAAGGUCUGGCCGAGCGGGGGCGAAAGCCGUGUCAGGCGGCGGUGGCGGUGGCCGGGACCGCGUGUCGGUGCAGGAAGGACCCUCGGGGGGCCGGGAUGCCGGUGGGAGUGGAACCCGACGACGAGGGCGGCGUCCGUGCAGGAGGCUCAGGAAUCAGGCUGGCCAGUUCAUCUCCGUGGUGACUGUCUUUGAGGCACAGGGAGCGCCCUCGGGGGGCCAGGAUGCCAGCGGACCCGGCACCCGCCGGCGAGGGCGGCCGCCACGGAAGCACCGCAGGAAGAACGUGGCCAUCACCACAGAGGUGACCCUCUUUGAGAUGGUCGCCCUGGGGAAGAACUCCGUGCAGACGGCCGUCGAGGAGUGGGUGCGGUCCUACAAGGAGGACCGGGAGCUGGCCUUGCUGGACCUCAUCAGCUUCUUUGUCCAGUGCUGUGGCUGUGAAGGGAUGGUGACGGCUGAGUUGUACCAGAGCAACGAAGGCAAGAAAGUGGUGCACAAAAUGACAGAGAAGUUUGACCAGGAGACCGGGCUGUAUUACAAGAAGUUUCUGGCCUACCCCUGGAUCCUGACCAUCAUGUGGCCCGAGAAACUGCAAAACGACUUUUACCCCAUCGUGGGGCCGGGGCCUUUCUGGAAGAGGUUUCGGGUGAACUUCUGCGAGUUCACGGAGCUGCUGGUGCACCAGACACACUCCUCGGUGCUGUGUGACGGCCACCUCAUGGACACGGUGAUCGGCAUGCUCAGUGGCCUCACAAACUCGGCCGUGUACAGCCUGCGGCACACCAGCUCCCUGGCCGCGAUGAAGUUGCUGACGGCACUGGCCAGCGUGAACCAGGGCAUCUGCACGGGCAGGCGCACGGCCCAGCGGUUGUACGAGAUCGAGAGCAUCACCAAGCUCAAGGGGAGGCACAAGUACUACAUGGAGCUGCUGGACCAGCGCAGGCACGAGUUCCAGAACAAGCCCAUGGCCAUCGACAACAUCAUCUGUGCGCUCUUCAAAAGGACGUUUGUGCCCCGCUACCGCGACAUCAGCUCGGACAUCCGUGUGAUCUGCAUGGGGGAGCUGGGCUGCUGGGUCAGGCUGUACCCAGACCUGUUCCUGGACAACAACUACUUGAAGUACAUCGGCUGGAUGCUGUACGACAAGGACGCGAGCGUGCGCAUGAAGUGCAUCCUGGCGCUGAAGGCGCUCUACGAGAAGAGGGAGUCGGCCAUGAAGCUGGGCCUUUUCUUCUACAAGUUCAAGAAACGGAUCCUGUCGAUGACGCAGGACAGGCAGCCGGAAAUCACGUCCGAGUGUAUGCAGCUGCUGAGGCUCAUAUCCGAGCACUACGUGGGCGUGUUCUCCACCAUGGAGUACGUCUUCCUGUUCCAGUUUGUGUACGCGGCCUACAGACCCAUGGCGACCGCCGCGGGCGAACUCAUCUGUAAGAGGCUCCUGGCCCCUCCGCCCCACGAAGGUUUCUUUGCUCAAGAGCCCCCUGACGAGUUUGAUAGAAACCUCCAGAACAUGAAGGCGCUCAUCGACUUCUAUCUGCAGGGCGAGUUCCACAGACACGUCCCGUACCUGGUGGACGGCCUGUGGGAGGCAGCGCCCGCCCUGGUCCGGAACUGGGAGUGCAUGACGGCCCUGCUGCUGGAGCCACGUGGCGGGCGCCAAGCCCUGACCGGCCAGCAGGAAAGAGUGCUCAUCGAGAUCCUCGUGGCCGCCGUGAGACAAGCCGCAGAGGGGCGUCCACCUGCCGGCCGGCGCCUGGGCAAGAAAGCCGCCAGGGAGGUGGACGGGACCCGCCGCUGGCGUGAGCAUGCCAACAUGAGCCGACACUUUGCCAAGGCACUGCCCCGGCUGCUCUCCAAGUUUGCAGCGGACAAAGAGAAAGUGACCCCCCUCCUGCAGAUCCCACAGUAUUGCAACCUGGACGUGUAUGACAUGGAUGGCCUGGGCUCGUACCUGGACGCGGCGCUGCUGGAGCUGGACUGCCUGGUACAGCGGCACUCGGACGUGGCGGUGCUGGAGGCCUGCGCCCGCGCCUACGGCACGUACUGCGACGAGGGGGGCUCUGCGCACUGCCAGGCCGCGCCCGCCUGCAGCCGUCUGGUGGACAUGCUGGUGGGCGCGCUCACCCCGCUGCUGGACGUGUUCAUCCAACACGAGAAGCAGGGCCUGUUCCUUGGACACGGUGAGAUGGGGCGGAUCUGCUCCACGCUGCGGAGACUGGCUGCCUUCUACAGUGCACAUGACCUGAGCAGCUGGAAUCUGUAUGAGAAGAUGGACAGCCUGCUGACUUUCCGCCGGCACCAGGGCAGCCUGCCCACUGAGGUUGUCCACUGUGCCCUCCAGUGCACCUACUAUGCGCUCCUGUGGCAGAUUGUCGCCGCCACGGACCGGCUGCCGCCCCAGGAGGCGCUCCUGGACUUGAGGAAGAGGCUGCUGAGGUUCUGCCUGGUGUGCCGAGUGUACCUGAACCACCAGAGCAAGGUGCUGAGCGAGAAGGCCUUCAUCCUGCUGUGUGACCUGCUCCUCAUCCUCAGCCACCAGGGCCCUGAGGAGGACACGGGCCUGGGGCUGCUGUUCUUCGUCCCCGACCACGUCCUGCAGUGCAAGCUCCUCACCUUUGUCAAGGAGCACGUGUUCCUGGAGGAGGCCGGAGCUGCAGGGUCCAGCAGAGUUUACAAGGAGGAGGACGCGGAUGAGCUGCACGAGCUGUUCCACCGGAGAAACAUGCUGGCCGUGUUCUGUAAGCUCAUCGUCUACAACGUGCUGGAGAUGAGCGUGGCCGCCGACAUCUACCAGUUCUACCUGAAGCUCCUGUGGCAUUACCAUCACUUUGGGGACAUCAUCAAGGAGACCAUGACCCGGACGAGGCAGAACGACAGGCUUCGCAACGCGCUGUCCCUGCUCCUUUGUCUGCAGCAGCUGUUCCAGAAGCACGUGGACACGUAUGGCAUGGGCUACGACCCCAUCGAGUUCAUCUGCGGCCCCUUCUACUCCAUCCGGCUGUUGGCACGCCGCUUUGCGCUCACCCUCGGCUUUGACCGUGCCCGUGACGCGGCCCACCUGAUCCACAGGCGUGGGCUGGCGUUUGCCUUUUCCGAGUCCCCCGUGCCUGAAGAGGAGGAGGCCCGGCAGAGGUUCCCCAACCUCAGCUUCCUGCUGGUUCUGGCCGAGUUCUCCUGCAAGAUCCCCCCUGCAGAGCGACAAGCUGCACUCACCCACUUCCAGGACUCCAUCCCCGAGGGCCUGCCUGUGUUUGGGGAAGGGGACAUGAACCCCAUGCUUGUCUAUCGCAAGUCCCUGAUAAGGACAGACUACGUGGCCCAGGGGGAGGAAGAGCCCGCCGCCAACCCGUUUGACGCCAUAUGCAAAGACAGCAAGCGGCCCCAAGAGUUGCCCGUGGGGACGUGCUCCACCUGGACACCAGACACCCUGGCCAGCUCCAGCGCGGGGGACAGAGAGCCACGGAAUUCCUCCAAGGGCCAGAAGUCCAAGAGCAGGGACGUCUUUGAUGUUGACUUCCUGUCAUCGGAGGACUCUGAGAACUCUUCCAACGAAGACGUGGACGUGGAGGGCAUCUCCGUCCACGAGGGCGCGUUGGACUGAAGAGGACUCGGGCCUUGGGACUCGGUCAGCAGUUCCAA